GUCGUCAAUUGUUCAUGCCGAAAUUCCAAUUUUACCCUCCUUCCUUUACCCUGCCACUCUUCUCAGUCAUCAUCAUCCUACUCUCACACUCCUCCAUUAUCAAUCUCUCUCGAGAACUCAAAAACUGUCCAUUUCUGGUUCCAAAACAAUGAGCGGAUUAAGAAGGUAUCAGUUGACGGAGGAGCUUUCCCCUUCCUUCUUCCUGAAGGGUUCUCCGCUUCUGGCUCCCAAGACCUUCCCGCUGAACCCAUGGCGGUUCCCGGCGGUUCCCGCCGAAGACGAGCUCGAAAUCGCUCUUGAUUUGCUUUCUCCGAGCGUAUUUCACGGAGCAUUCUCAGAUCUCAGCUCCCCGUUUGACGAAUUCGGGGCUGUGACCGAUUUGAUUCAGAUCGAGAGGACCCCGUUCUACAGCUCGGCUAAACGGGUCCAGCGAUUCGGGCCGGAGCGUUACCACUUGCAGAGGCUCUGCGACAGGGUGUCUGCUUUAGAGCUGGGGUUUGACCGAUUGCUCAAGGAGGAGGCGGAGAAGAGGGCUGCGAAGAAGAAGUCGAGAAUCGGGGAGCGGAAGUACACGUGGACGGCGGAGAUCAAGACCCCCCAUGAAGACGGGCUGGACCGGACUUACAAGUGGGUUGCAGAGGUUAAGGACGGGAAGAAGGGGGCGACAGAGAAGAGCUACAAGCUGACUACUCAGAUCAAGGGGAAAGGGAAUGACUCCCCCAUCUCGCGGUCCUACAGUUUUAAGACUUCCUCCAUUGAUCCAGGGGAGGGUGUUGCUGCUGAGAAGAGUGUGAAGAAGAAGAAGAAGGAAGAAGAAAAGAACAAGAAGAAGAAACCCGAAGUGAACUCUCCGUGCUUGGUUGAGAUUGAAGAAGAGCCCUCCAAUCAUGGCGCCAUCAUCCUGAAACAGGCGUAUGCAAAGAGGAUGGAGAAGAAACAGGGAAAGAGGAAGGAGUUGUCCCCGCAAGAUGCUGCCAUGAUCAUACAAAUGACCUUUAAGGCUUAUCUUGUAAGGAGGUCAAAGGCGUUCCGUGCCCAUCGCGACUUGGCCAUUGCUAAAGCCAAGUUGAAGGAACUCAGGGCGAUGUUCAGCAACUUCUCAUACAGGCGACUUCUGGCUCGUGAUGCAGAGGAGCGACAAAAAUUUUCUGAGAAGAUCAUUGUGCUCCUUCUCACCAUUGAUGCCAUUGAGGGUGCUGAUAUGUUGGUGCGAUCCACGAAGAAGAGUAUGUUGGACGAGCUUGAAGCGAUGCUUGAUGUGGUGGACCCCGCACAGCAGCAGCCGGCUGCUGCUGGCAGGAGUGCAUCAAUGAGGAGGAGAACAUUUGACAUGCCCGACAGCGCCAUAACAAGGGAAGCUGCAGCUGGUGUGGCCAAAGUCGUCCAAUUGCUCAACGAGUCAAAUUGUUCCGAAUCUUUGGGAGACUACUUGUGAGGGACCCGCUAAUACGGGACCCCUCCCCCCUCACCCCUCACCCCCCACACCACCACGGUCGAAUGCCCCCGGGUAGGAUUUAUAUGGUGUUUUUUUUUUCUUUUGUCAAUUGUCGCGGCUUAUGGGGAGACUAUGAUCAUCUGAACCUGCUUACUUAUUUAUGUGUUGUGGAUUCUUUUUUUUUCCCCUUCCAGUUUCAACUUAACCUUGAGACAUUUUAUGUUUGAUGCUUAUGUUACCUUUUCUGUGUUGUUUUUAAAAUGCAAACCAUUGUCGUGUGUUAAAUGUUGUGCACUUGAGACUCUUAGGGUUAAUUU